AAAAGUGGCAGCUGUGCAAAGACGAGGAGAUCGGGACUGUAGAAAAAUGCCACAUCCAGCAUCUGCAGUGGACAAUGUUGCUAAUGGGACACGUGAAGUGUUUUACAAAGCUCACCAUCCACAGCUGAGUCAACAUCUAAAUGAUUGCAUCAGAAUAGUGAAAUCUUUGAGAAAUCAGCAGACACAGUUUGACUCUACAGCACCACUGAGUGAAUGGUUGGAAGAAAAAAUAAUAGCCAUUCAGCAUCUGUAUGAGUCAGAAACCCAGGCCCUUCAUGAAAAACUGAGACAGCUUAGCCAUGAGAAAGCAAGAAUGGAGCUCAAUAACUUCUAUACCUGCCAAUCUGCUCUCAACUAUGAAAACAGAAUGAGUACAAUGAAUUCAGAGCUGUUUCGCAAAGAUGAAGAGCUGAGAAAUCUGCGCCACCUUCUAAAAGAAAAUGUAAAUAAAGGGAGGAGCUCAUCAUCCGUGUCAAUGUCUUCCGUGUAUGACUUGGGCAGCAGUGACCGUGAAGAACUCUGUCAACGUGUUGAGGAAGCUAAAGAUAGGUAUGAAAAUGAAUAUUUCCAUAGAUUGCAGCUGCAAGAUGAAGUGCAGAUGCUAAAGCAAAAAUUGGAACUACAGGAAGGAUUUUAUUCUCAAGAAUCACAGAAAAUGAGAGAACGGAUAUCUGGUUCUGAAUUAUAUAUUCUUCAGUUAGAGGAACAGCUUUCUGUGCUGAAAGGAAAACAAACUGGCUUGGAGGAAAAGGUUGGGGAAACAAAUGCAGUGGAUGAAACACAGCCAAUGUGGUUCAACAAAGAAGCGGAAAAGGACUUCAGUGAAAAUCUGUUAGACUCAAACAUGCAGCAAACUAGUGACCAGUUAUUUCAAGAGAAGACUGGAAAGGAGAACAUUCAACAGCAGCUACAGGAGUUGACAGGGGAAUUCACUGCACUGGAAACCAUGCUGCUCCAUGAAGAAUCUAACAACAGAAGUCUCAUUGAGAGGCUGGAACAGGAGAGAAUGAAGGAUCAACAGCAAAUUCAGAUCCUGGAGGCCAGACUAGAGGUCAGUGGAUGUCAAUUCACUUGUAAUUACAGUGCCGGCAGCAAAGGAAACCACUAGCAGCUGCAAAUCGUUCUGUCAGUCUGUUCUUUCCAACAUUUAAAAGGGAAAAGAAA